AUGCCACGUGGGAAGUCAAAAUUGAUACUGAAUUUCGCACAAUUAAAUAUUAACGAAAAGCCUUACGAGACGACAAUUUUUGACGAUGACGAGGAAGCAUCUAUCAGCUUACCACCAACUCUAAGUCGGUCUCUCAAGUGUUCCGAUUACCGUACCUUGCCAUGGCUCACCCCCUAUGACCUCCAGUCGUCAACACCGCCAAACGAGAGCCGAUCUGGCGGUUCGGCCCACCACCAUAAGACAAAAGGAGUCCAUUCUAGUCGCUCUGCGGGACAUGCUGCUACAGCCAACAGCGUUAGCAAACUACAAACUGCAGAUUUUUACUGUGUCAAUCUGGAAUCUCGCUUCAUCCUCAACACCGGUCAUAUGGCUUGGAAACACGCGGAUAACAUCAAGGUCAAGUUGGGAUCUCCCUGUGUCUAUUUUAACCAUCCAGAGUUCUUUACGAAGGCCGGGAAUAUUUUUGCAAAGGAAUACAAUUUAAAGUGUCGGCAAGAGGAAAAGCGACGAGAGGAGUGGGAGAGGGCUCGUAAGAUCAUCCAGAGUGCCAGAGCUGCGUAUACUUCAGGUCGCCCAAGUUUCUGUGUUCCUGCAGAGAAGUAUACAGAAGACAGUCAAUGCAAUCUUACUGCAGAACGACCCAAAAAUUCUCCACCGCGCAAGAGUCCACGACUUAGUGGCAAUGGUAAGCCACUUUUUGAUCCUCGCCCCUGGCGAAGAGAUGUGUUAGAAUUGGAGGCCGAUGAAAGCGGGUCUCGACCCAGCGAAAGUCGAUCACCUAUCAACGAGGCGUACGCAGAUGCACACGAAUUGAUUGACAAUCACCUAAGAAUGCUGGAUAGGCAGAAACUCAUUGAAGUUUUGCCCGUUGUGUACCCACAUCAAAGUGGUGAAGAAUGA